AUGGAUAGAUCAACUAAUAACUCAAGACCUAGAUUUAGUGUCACAGGAAAUAGUAAUAUUGGUUUAAAAAGGCCAGCAAAUAAAACACCAGGUAGAGCAUCAAUACAACAACCAUCAUACUAUUCUAGUUUAGCAAGUAACACCAAUAACAAUAACACCAAAUCCUCAGCAACUUUAAAUAAUAAUAAUAACAAUAAUAAUAACUUUAAUGAUAUAACUCCAAUUAAACAUAGACCAUCCAUCAGUGGUAAUUCAUCAAGACCAAAUUUAAAUCAAACAUCAUCAGCCACUUUACCAACAUUUUUAAAUGAAGGAACUAAUAGCAAUACCUCAUCUACAAAUUCAGCCCCAACACUUAAUAAUACAAGUAAUUUUUUUAAUAAAUUUUUUAAUACUCAAUCACAACCAACACAACCAUCGCCACCAAUAAAUAAUAUAAACAAUCAAUCAGAUUAUGAAAUGAUGGACUAUCCAAAUGAUUCAUAUAUUUCAAAUACCAGUACCAAUAAAACUAAACUAAAUACAACACCACCAACAAACAAUAUAAAUUUAAGAAAUAGUAAUAAUAUUUUAAAUACACCAAACUCUUUAAAUAACAGUGGAAUAUAUUAUAAUAAUACACCUGCCAAAACUAGAAAAAAACCAUUUACAGAAAAGAUUAGAGAUGUCGUAAAUUAUCCAAUUGAUAAAUUAGACGAAUUUCAAGAGGUAUUUUUAUCAUUCAAUCACAGCAAAUUUUAUAACACUUGGGUUUAUGGUUUAGCACUAUUUUUAAACUUGAUGCUUCUAGCCUAUUCAAUUGACCUUUUAAAUAACUUUUUUGCCUUUCUCCUUUUCGUUGCAAGUAUUGGAAAUACAAUUUAUUAUUUCAGUUCAACCAAAACUUCAUAUCUUUAUAGAUAUGAUAGUACCGAAUUUAAAAGUCCAAAUAUGUCAAUCGCUCAAAUUGAAUCCCCAACUGGUUCAGUUGACAAUGUAGUAGUUUUAAAAUCUUGGGAACCAAAAUUCUUUCCAAGAGUAAUUUUUACUUUAUUUUCACCACUUCACGUUUUCAUUAUGGUUGCUCUAGCUGGUCCAGAAUUUGAUAGUUUUGUAAUUUAUACAUUAAUUUCUGUUGUAAUUUGUUUUGGUCUUCAUUAUCUUAAUGAAAAAUACAAUCAAUAUAUAUUAGAUCAAAAUAUUAUAUUUUCACAACUUUGUCAAGAAUAUAAUCACUUUAUGAGAGUAAUACCAGAAACUAGAGAAAAAUCAUCACAAACUCCAGAUUAUAGAUAG